AUGAUCAAAAUAAUCUGCAUCUUGGCUUUAGCCGCCCUCAUCUAUGCUGAUGAAGAGCAGAAACUCAGCUGGAAGGAUGAGGAUGGUCUUGAAAUCAAAAUCAUCAAGCCAAUCAAGGCUGAGAAAUGUAAAAUCAAAUCUGAAGCCGGUGAUGUAGUUGACCAAUUCUACAAGUUGUCUGACAAAGACGGAAAAGAAAUCGGAUCUAACUUUGGAAAGAAACCUUACACUUUCACUUUGGGAAGAAAUCAAGUUAUCCCUGGUAUGGACAGAGCUAUGACUGGCAUGUGCAUUGGAGAGAAGAGAAAGGUUGUCAUCCCAGCUGCUCUUGGAUUUGGAGAUAAGGGAAGAGAAAGAGAUGCUAUCGAGGGAGAUCAAGUUCUUUACUACACUGUUCAAUUGGUUGAUCUUUUCCGUUCUGUACCAGGAAAGACCUGGACUACUGAAGAAGGAAUCAUCAUCGAGCAAACUCACAUCAUCGAAGACGAUAAGUGCCGUAAAUCCCAAUCCGGAGAUACCAUCCACCAACAAUACACACUUUACCUUGAGGAUGGAACCUUUGUCGACUCUUCCUUCUCCAGAAAUGCUCCAUUCAUUUUCAAAUUGAACAAUGGGCAAGUCAUCAAGGGAAUGGAUAUUGCCAUGACUGAUAUGUGUGAAGGAGAGAAGAGAAAAGUUACAAUCCCAUCUGAUUACGGUUAUGGAGAUGAAGGACGUCUUCCACAAAUCCCAGGAAAAGCCACUCUUCAUUUCAACAUCACUCUAGAGAAACUCAUCAAGAAAGAUGAACUUUAA